AUGCUUAAAAACUUUAUUACCCGACUUGCCUUCUUUUCUAUGCUUUUGGGGACUUUUGCCCAAGAAGUUCCAGGAAACCUUUACUGUGUAGCUAUGGAACGUAACAAUGCACAUUGCCAAGCCGCUGGCCUUUGGGAAACGAUCGAUAAAGCUGCAAUGGAAAUUCAACAGCCUCAUUACAACACUAUUUGGACUGUCGAUACUAAAGGAAUUGAACAUUUGUUCAGAAAACAUUCAGUGGACUCGAAUAAGUGGAGCAAUACAGGUUUUAUCAAAAGUGAGAAAAUCACAAAGGUGGAGACUCGCCAUAAAGACGGCACUGUUACACGAUAUAUUAAUGUAUUAACCGGUAUUUCUGUCCGUGGGCUUUAG